AUGUCAGAUCGUGGACCAACCGACGUAACGCACUACCUAAACCGCCUCCGUAGUUUACUCAUUCAUCACGAGCUAAUUCUACACGACUCCUCAGACUACACCCCUCACAAGUUCGACUACUUACAGCCCCUCAAUCACACCAACUAUCUACCUACAUAUUGCCGUAAAUUUCCAUUCUCUGAAAUUCAAGAACGUUUCAAGCUAUCCCUCACUCCCAAAGUCGACAAUCUGGAGUUGAAAAUCGAGCGAUCGAGACACCUGAUGGUGUAUUCUGGUCAAUCUAAGUCUACGAAGCCGGUUCUUGAACAGGGCUUGAAUGAUAUCUUACAUAGUAUCCGCUAUACCAUAUCCGCAACUCUCACUGCACUGGUCCCUGACGAAAGUCUUCUCGCAGAGCCAAUCUAUGAUAUGGAACCAAUAAGCACCACCAUACAAACCAGUUACACCACUCCCCCCAUGAACAUAUUAGAAACCGGAUAUACUUCAUUACUUCUCGGUCGAUCCACAUGGGAUAAUAUUGAUUUGGAUGCUAUAAAAAGAAUGUUGUGGGCGCAUGGAAUGAUUUUGUAUGGAGAAGAUGGGAAGAGGAGAGAAAUCCCUGUAGAUGAUAGGGAUAGACGAAGAUUACUAGGGGAAGUGGAGUCGUGUGUGCGUGCGGAUUUGGGGCUUAUGUGA